UUUUUUUUGUCCAUGCCACCUUCAAGAGACAAAGAAAAAGAAUACACACAGGAACUCGUUAAACGUAUCAAUGGCUAUCGAACAAGUAAACGACUUGCCAUGGAACUCUAUAACAAUCUGCGCACGACGAUGGGUUUACUCCAUGUCGAACACAUCAAGUUAAAAAAGGACAUGCGACGCAAGGAAGAUGCUUACGACACACUGCAAGCAACCUAUCAAUCUACCAAUGACAAACUCAAGUUAUGGGAAGACAAUCAUAUUCAGAUGAUUGCCAACUUUCAACAGAAUCAACAGACCACCAAGACAUUACAAUCGAAAAUCAAGGAAUACAAGCAACAAUUAGAAGAGCAGCAAGACAAAGAACAUGCAUUACAAGCCAAGAAUCAAGAUUUACAAGAGGAUCUCCAUCUGAAGGAUGCGCAGUAUCAAGCUUUAAGAGAUGCAAAGAACACUACGAUCUCUAGUUUGAGGGAGACAGUCACUAUACAACAAGCAGACAUCUUGUCUCAUCUAAAUGAGAUCAAAGAUUUGCGACACACACUGAAUGAUGAACAAGCCAAGAACACAACACUUCAGAUCAAAUUGACCGAAUUGAAUGCGACUGUGCAACAAAAACAAGAUCGUAUUCAAGAACUUGAAUCUGAAGUUAAGAGCUUACGAUCAGAAAAAGCAGAACUUGUGAAAAAGACAAGGCAACUGAAUGAACUUCUUGGUGCAACCCAAAAGACCACGACAAAAGCAACCAAAUUCAUAAAGAAACCUGAACUAAAACAAACAUCGAUCAAUACAGUACUGAAUGAGCAAUGGAUAAAAAAGAGAGCCUCUGAUACUGUAGAUACCCAUCCACGACCUCAUAAACAAAUCAAAAUUAAACUGGAGCCUAUUGAACAGUCUAUACGUGCUACGGUGCCCAUCUCUGCGAGUAGUACUGACCAUAAUAGUUUGACAUCCUCCACCCGUUCUACACACACUGAGAAUAUAUCAUCUGUAAAUAGUGCAUCAUCCAAUACUACAUCAUUUCCUAAAGUAAAGCCUACCCAUGAAUCGAAUGCAAGCCGCCCUCUCGCUUCUGUUACUAAUACACGCCACCGUCAUGAUCGAGCUCAUUUACAAGGGGAAACAUGCAAAGGAUGUGCUGACUUCUAUGCGGGUGAUCCCUUGACCACACACGUAGAUGGUCAACCUGUCCAAAUAACUUGUCAGGACCGUAUUCAACUUCAUUCUCGACAUAGAUUUAAGCAAAGAGCAACAACACCACCUGGAUUUUGGCAGUUGGAUUUUGCUUCUCCUCCAGAUCAUCAUCGGGUGCAACAUUAAACUUUUUCCCGAAGAAUAAAAAAAAAAAAA